GCGAAUUUGACAUAAUUUAGGGAGAGCUCAACACUCGGAGGACAUCUCAGAGAUGCGAAGCUCUUUAACUCCAUAAAUUAAACGCCCCAAAAUGUCAGGACUGAAACUGAGCCUGGUAGCUUCAAUCUACGUCAAGCCCCGCCAAUGGGUCCGAACAAUAACCACCACCCGCCCUCCACCUCCACCUCCACUCCGCCUAACUCGGCGCAUGACUGCCCUUUUCUCACCCUCCACCCAUUUUAGCAAUUCCCUUCUUCCCAAAAAAAACCUACUUCCUCUUGUGAGAUUUGCCUUUCCCAACUGCUUCUCUUCCUCAGCAAACAAUAAAGGAGCUAUCAACGGAUCGGGUCCCGGAUCGGACCGCAUUCUUGCAGAUAUGGAUCCCGAUUCCAAACCCUCGCCGUUGAUUGAACCCCAACCACAAAUGCGCGACCCUAACUUCCCUUCUGACAAUUCUUCUUCCAAAAUUUUAACUUUGCCCACUGUUUUAACACUCGGUCGCGUCGCCGCCGUGCCGCUUCUGAUUUUCACCUUUUAUGUGGAUAGUUGGUGGGGAAGGACUGCUACUACCAGUAUAUUUGUUGCGGCUGCCAUAACUGAUUGGCUUGAUGGGUACAUUGCUAGGAAGAUGAAGUUACAUUCUGUCUUUGGUGCGUUUUUGGAUCCAGUCGCGGACAAGCUUAUGGUUGCUGCUACAUUGGUUUUACUAUGUUCAAGACCUUUGAAUGUUGCCAACUUUGGGCAAGUGCCAUGGCUACUGAUAGUUCCAUCGAUAGCCAUUAUUGGAAGAGAGAUAACGAUGUCUGCCGUUAGGGAAUGGGCUGCUUCUCAGAAUAGUAUGCUUUUAGAGGCUGUUGCAGUUAAUAAUUUGGGAAAGUGGAAAACUGCCACACAAAUGGCUGCACUAACCAUCCUUCUAGCUACGCGGGAUAGCAGCCUUGGAGAAGCUGGGAUUUUAGUAGCUUCAGGUGUUAUUUUGCUUUAUAUUUCAGCUGGACUUUCGGUCAUGUCAUUAGCUGUCUAUAUGGGGAAGAUAUGGCAAGUAUUACUAAAGUAGUUAUCUUCAUUGUGUAUAUUUAAGUCCAGUUCUUUAUUUAGCCGGAUUAAGGAUAAAGCCCUUGCUUUUGGAAGUUCCUUUCGAAUUGAACUGUUUGAAUGAGCGUAGUAUGAAUAUAGAUUUGUGGGCUAUUCCAAGGUCUUAUAAAUUUCUAGAUUCUUUUCAUGUCAAUAUAAGCAAUGAUGGUUUAGAUGUCGAAACUAGGCAUCUUUCAUUUUUGUCGCUACAGUGAGGGCUGACCGAUAAUUUGCAAGUGCAACUAGAGAUGAACAAAAUCUCAGUGAACUUUUGUACUGUAAAUGACUGUUAGUACUGGAGUUGCUGGUGAUAUCAUAUGCACAAGUGAUCAUAUUAGAGGCAGAUCACAUCAUCUAUAGCAAUGUUGAGUUUUUAAA